ACCUAAUGAAGGAGUAUAAUGAGGUACACAGAGUCCUCAUUUGAAAAGUGAGGAAGUGAUAAGAUAAUUGAGCUGCUACAUAUAUAAAGAGGGGUGUCACAGACUUUUACCUCACUGUCUUUGACUGUGAAUCAGUGGAAAGGAUGAAGUGUACUGCGGCCUUUGUUGUGUUGUCUAUGGUCGUUUUUAUGGCUGAACCUGGAGAGUGUUUUCUUGGAAUGCUUAUCCAUGGAGCCAUACAUACAGUUGGCCAUUUGUUCGGUGGGCAUGACAAGGCCGAGCUGCAGCAAGAGCAGCAGGAGCUGCAACAGCAGCAGGAGCAGCUUGACAAACGUUCAAUUGAUUACAACCCAGGAAGGCCUCAUUUUCACUAGGCAGAAGAGGCCACUCUGAAGCUAUUUUUUGGACCUAACCCAAACCUUAUAUCAAGUGGGGCAACCACUUCUUGAAAAUAUAUGCAUUGACCUAAACUGAGGAAUUUUGAAUUAAUUUGGAAGAAUGUCAGUUGUUUGGAAUAAAUUUUGCUUUAUAAUGCACCAAAA